AUGAGCACCGCGUCAAGAACCGAAUCAUGUGUGGGAGGCAACUCCUUGCACUCAAGUAACUCAGUCGAGUCUCUCCCGCAAAACUAUGUAGGAAAUCCACAAAGUCUGCACCCAACAGAGCCCGCUGGCGAUGGCACAAGUUUGGCAAAGAAAACCAGUCUUAGGGACAAGAACCUGAUGGUGCCCCGAGCAGAGAGACGGGGAAUUUUGGCCAAUCUGACGUUGGUUCCAGAGUACAAAGACGCUCGGGACUACCCGCCUAGACUGAAAGGUGCGAUCGUACUUCUGAUCGCAUUUGCUGCUAUGAUGGGCCCCAUGGGCACUUCCAUCAUCUAUCCCUCGAUUAAUCCUAUUUCACGCGAUUUCGACACGUCCACAAUAAUGGUGAAUGUUUCCGUGGGGGUUUAUCUCUUAAGUCUUGGCAUUUUGCCGAUCUGGUGGUCGUCUCUGUCUGAGCUGAAAGGGCGCAGGACUGUCUAUGUCAUCAGUUUCACUCUCUUACUAGCAUUUUGCAUCGGAAGCGCGCUUUCACCCAAUAUAAAGGCUUUUAUCGUAUUCCGCAUGCUUUGUGGUGCAUCCUCCGCUAGUGUACAGAGUGUAGGUGCUGGUACUGUCGCAGACUUGUUCAAACCAGAGGAAAGAGGAAAAUACUUAGGCUACUAUUAUUUGGGCGCGCUAACGGCACCGCUAACGGCACCUAUUAUCGGAUCUUUACUAGUGAGCAGAUGGAGCUGGAGAUCUACGCAAUGGUUCUUAGUCAUUCUGGCUGGCGUAACUGUAGUUACGCUGACACUCUUGUUACCAGAGACUUUGAGAUUACAAGACAGCAAAAGUGCUAUUGCAGCCAUUUUGGCCAGCAGAAGAGUUGGCAACCAGGCUAAGCUAGACUCGGCUACAAGUGAUCUUGAUGAAGCGCAGGAGGAGACCAAAACUGAAGAAUGCGAUAACGAGCUUCAACGACCGGACUCUGGACCAGAUUCUGAGCAAGCUCCAGACGAUGCUGAGAUUAACCGGAUCAUGACGAGAACGAGCGAACUGGCACAGUAUCCAGCUGAUGAAGAUGGACCACAUGGCGAUUUGAUGGCACCACAUAUCACAAGGCUUCAAACUCGGGAUCGCAAGUUAGAGCAGCGUUUACGCGAAGGUGAGCUUAAGAAGUGGAAAACUAAUGUUGAGAACGAACUGGAGAGAUUGGAGACCGAACGAAACAACGAGGGAUCCGAGGAUCUUGUACAGUCAAAGUAUAAGUCGUGGAGGGCGGCGCUAUAUAUCUAUUUGGUAAGGCCGCUUAAAUCUUUGCAUUUUCUGAGAUUUCCUCCUGUGCUACUAGCAAUAAUAUUCUCGGCCAUCUCGUUUGCCAUCUUGUAUUUUGUGAACAUGACCAUCGAAUACAGAUACUCCAGACCUCCUUACAAUUUCAAGCCUUUGUAUGUGGGGCUUUUGUAUAUUCCAAAUUCCAUUACCUAUAUCAUUGCUUCCAUCUACGGCGGUAGAUGGGUUGACAAUCUACUGAAGAAGUACAAAGAGAAGCAUGGGAUACUGGCUCCCGAAGCCCGCAUUUCCUGGAACGUUGUAUCCGCUGUUGUCAGUUUUCCAAUCUCGCUGCUCAUUUUUGGGUGGUGCCUCGACAAGAACGAGCAUUGGGUCACCCCACUUGUUGGAACCGCUAUAUUUGGAUAUGCCUCCAUGAUGACCAUUGGCGCAACAGUGGCGUAUCUGGUGGACUCUUUGCCAGGCAAAGGUGCCACGGGAGUUGCGCUCAAUAAUCUAAUUCGUCAGAUUUUUGCCUCAGUGGCAGUCUUUGUCACCGAGCCAAUGCUCGAGGGAAUGGGCACUGGCUGGUCUUUUACGAUGCUAGCAUUCAUAGUCAUCGCUGCGAGCUCCGUACUAGUGCUUCUUAAAAUCAGAGGUGAUCACUGGAGGGAAACCUAUGAUUUACAAAAUUUGUACAACAUGUUGGAGUGA